AUGCCAACUUGUUUCGAAAAUUUAAAUAAUGAAUUGUUCUAUGAAACGUUUGAUUACAUGGAUUCGUAUGAAAUAUUCUACUCGUUGGCCAACUUAAAUCAACGAAUAGAUAAUCUCAUCUGUACGAUGCCGCGAAUGCACGCAGACAUAACACCAGAUAGUUUCCUAUUCUAUUAUGAAAAAAUUUUACCAUCGAUCAAAUCGCAUUUAAUAUCGUUGACACUUGAUAACAUAAAUGGCGUAAAAUUAGCCAUAUUUUCAACAACGCACGUACUACAAACGUUUGCUCAUCUGAAAGCGUUAACAUUGAUUGGAACAACAACAACAAUUGUUACCAAUACAUUACCAGUUCUAAGAUACUUAAAAAUAAAUUCGUGUGACGUAAAAGAUUUCGAUUAUUCUCAUAUUCAACAUGUGUUUAAACUUUGCCCAAAUUUGAAAUGGUUUUCAUUUUCAUCUUAUAAGGUAAAAUUUGUUAAUGCUACAACAUGGAAAUACGUAUUAUCAUCAACGAAAAUUACAAAAUUUCAUCUAGAUGUGCAGUUCGUUAAUAUGUAUGUUGCUUUGAGAGAUAAAAUUGAUAUUGAUAAAAUCCGUCAAGAAUUUGAAAACAGUUUUUGGCGUGAUAAAAAAUGGAAUAUUGUAUGUAUGGAUUAUAUUGAUAAUGUUUGGGGUGCAAAAAGAUCCCGCUUUGAACAACAUGUGAAAGUUUAUUCUGUUGACAAUUAA